AUGGCCACGCCCAAUUUCCACACGCCUAAUCAGGAAAUGCCGCCGUCGGGUGGCUUCAACCCCGUCAAGUUUGUUAAGAAUGGUCCCGCCACGCGCGGACCACCGGGCUGGUCGCUUUUCCUUGGCACCUUCCUUGUCACAUCUGUUGGUUACUAUCUGGUCGGCCAGCACAACAAGCAUCAUCGUGAAGUGGCUAAGGAGGAGCGUGAAAAUCGCAUUUCAAUUUUGCCGUUCCUGCAGGCUGAGGCAGACGUUGAGUAUCUGGAGCAGGAGAAGCACAUCUUGGAAAAGGAGCGCCAGGUUAUGAAAAACGUACCUGGUUGGGUGAAUGGUCAAUCGCCAUAUCACUCAGACCGCUACCAGGCGCCUUUGUGGGCUCAGAAGAAAUAG